AUGUCAUCAGAGUUUCUUUUCCUGGAUUUAAAGCUGCAUUACAAUGGUCCAGCAGGUGGUUCGGUUGGCAGAUCAGCUCUGAGACCCCCAGGAUCCCGACCCGCCGCCCCUCGCCCCCCUACAGGCCGCUCCCCUUCCCCUUCCCCAGGAAACAAACCCUCCCCACCGGAGCACCAGCGCUCCCAUCGCCCCUCGCUGCCCGACAUCUCAAGGCCCACCAGCAGCAGCAGCAGCUCCUCCUCCGGCAGCGGGAUGAAGCACAGCACCUCCGCCCCUCCUCCUCCUCCGCCCUUCAGCAGGGGGGGCCGCGGCAACGCCCCGCCCACCCCCAACAUGAAAGCACCUUCCUCCUCAUCCUCCUCUCACAGCAGGGAGAAGCCCCUCCCUCCGACCCCGAGCAGAGGCCCCACCCCUCCCAGCUCCGUAAAGCCCCCUUCUUCCAGCAGACCCCCCACCGGUGGCUCCGCGGCCCCCCCUCCCCCGCCGCCGUACCGACCGCACACAUCCAACGGGCCCUCGCACGUCGACGGCGCCCCCGAGCUUCCUCAGAGGCACAACUCUCUGCACAAAAAACACUCGUCAUCCGGAGGCAGCCAAGGACGCAGCCACGCUCCGCCCCCUCCUCCGUCACCGUCUCCAGCCGCACAGCAGGGGGGGGUCAGACCACCACCGCCCGCCAGAGAGCCACCGGGACGCAGAUCAGCUCCCCAGGUGCCCCCUCCCGCCGGCUCUCGUAACGGCGGCCGUGAAGCCCCUCCCCCCCCGCCCCCGUACCGAGGCCACAGCUCUUCCAACGCCUCAGAGUCCCACAGCCGAGGGGGCAAACCGCCUCCUCCUUCCUCUUCCUCCUCCUCAUCAUCCUCCUCCCGCACCCCGGCCGGACCCCCUCCACCGCCCCCGCCCAUCCGGAACGGCCACUCCUCCAUCUCCUCCUCCAAGUCCAUCAUAGAUGAUUUUGAGUCCAAGUUCAACUUCCACCCCAUCGAAGACCUUCCACCUCCAGAGGAGUACAGACAUUUUAACAAAGUCUACCCCAGCAAGAACAACAAGGCCACGAUGAGAGUAGCUCCUCCAGCCCCUCCGGUGAGCAGGUGAACGGACCCUCAGCUCAGGACUUGAACUCUCAGUCAGCCGACUCGACGGACGGUCAACGAGGGAAGCGCUCGAAUCCACAAACACACACACCACCACGACAAAAAAAAAAAAAAAACCCAACACUAACACUAAACCACCAGCUGGAAGCAACAGCGGAGAAUGCAACGUGAAACACUACAGCCACGCAGGUUUGACACUACUCGUCAGUCACCGUCUGUCUUUGCACGAGAGAACAAAAAAAAACAAAAAAAAAAAAAACACUCGAGAAAACAGACUCGACACUUCUUUUUUUUUUCUCCACACUGUGACCAUGACGACUUCUCCUCCUCCUCUGCUGACUGUAACGCAGAGGCUUCUGUUCAACACUACAUAUCAGGACCAAACUCUAGAAAACUUCCAAAUCUGUGCAUUCCAUCUUUUUUUUUUUUCUUCUUUUAAUUCAUAUUCAUGAUAAUAAUGGUGAUUUUUGCUUAAUAACAGAAUAUGUUUAUUUUUGGGGGUGGGCGUUGGGGGUGGGGGUGUCAGCGUUGAUUUGUGGGUGCAAAGAAUUCAACUCUACGAAUGGAAACUGUCUUUUUUUGAAGUUUGAAGUUUUUCAGCAGAUGGAUUCAAUUUAAAGGUUCUUCACCACACUGAUGAUAAAUGCCAUGUGAAUGUGGAGCUCAUCAUUGAUUCUUUUGUUUUUUGUUUUAUUUGCUUAAAAUAGCCAUUCCUGCAGUGCCAGGUGAGGGUGCGUUUGAAUCCCAACUCUUUCUGUCUCAGUGUGCCAAAAGCGGGUGGAGUCAAGUGAACUGCACAGAGUUAGGACAGUUUCCAUAGAUGAUGAUCUUUUGCAUCAAACUGACAUUUUGGAUUUCUCUCUUUUACUGGAAAGCUUGCCAAGUUAUAACCGAAGCCUCGCCAGGUUGUUUAUUUUUAAACAUUCGGAGAGGGGUUAUUUCCUGCUUUUUUUUUUCUCUCUCUCCCUCUCUCUACUUUCCUUAAUUUGUUUUGGAGGGAGAGGAGUGGGGGUGUUUAUGUUUCCAUCUUCAGGCGAUGUUGCACGGCAGCUUCACUGCUCAAACCCAACCGAGACACUGUGCAUGACGCUCAUUGAUGCACUUAUAAGAAGAGGCGAGCCUGCAAUCAGGAGUGAAUUCAUGUUAGAUGUAACACAAAAGCUUCAAAUGUGUCUGAUAAUAGCCAGCAUCUUUCUCCAAAAACACUUAGGCCAACACUAAAUUAUUAUUAUUAUUAUUAUUAUUAUUAUUAUUUGUUUACUGGACCAAGUUUAGAUGAUUUUAGCUGCAGAGUUUCGGAGACGUUUUAUAAGGGAUCAUUUGUCACUUUUUUUUCUCCACAGAAUUUCCUCUUUGCAGGGAAGUCGGUCUAAAAGAAGCUCAGCUCUGUUCUCAAUCCAUAAUUGUACCUUUUUUGCUGCUGGUGGGCCUUUUCUUUUCUUUUCUUUUCUUUUCUUUUCUUUUCUUUUUUUUUUUUUUUAGUAGAAGGACUGUACGACCAGAGAAAGAUGAUUUUGUUGUUUUAUUGCUAUGCAAGGAGCAGUUUGUACAGAUUGUAGUUGGUAGCGGCUAACCAAAAAAAAAAAGACAAAAACAAACAAAAAAAAGGAACACUUAAGUGCCAGAGAACUAUUUUUUUGUUUUUUGUUUUUUAGCAGAUGGAGGUUUUUACUUCACGUUUCGUUAUUCUGAACCAUUUAGCUUGACUUUAAAAAAACAAAACACUAAUUACAUCAUAUUCAAACUAAAGAUGCCAUGCAGGGAAAUGAACAAUAAAAGAAUAAAGUUAGUUGAGGUUAAAUCAAUCCUCUGUUCUCAGUGCUAUGGCGCCUCCUGCUGGUUUUUGCCUUACACACAUCUGUUGUCACUCUCAUCGGUACCAGUGAUUUUUAUUUUAUUUUGUUUGUUUUAUAGGGGGGGAAAGAUGAUGACAACUAAGUAAAUAAGAAACUAUUUGAAAAAUGCAAUAAAUAUUGUAUAUUUACAUUAAGGAAUAUGGUAAUCAUAGUUAUUGAUCUAUUUUUAUGUUGUAAAAAGCUUGUAAUAUAGGAAAGAGAAAUGAUUAAGAGUUAUAACAAUGUUCCAGUCGGUGAGCUUUGGUCUGAUAGAGCGGACUCUCUGUAGCACUUCUCUGGAUGUUUGGCCAUAAGGGUGAAUGAGCUGGAUGGAUGGAUGCGAGGUUUUGCCAACGAGCCAACACUUUUUGGGGAUCCUGUUUGUAAAAUUAAAAAAAAUUGAAGAAAAAAAAAAUGUGCAGGAAAGUAGUGAAGGUGAGUCUGGGAGGUGGAAGUCGGCAGCAGCACAAGAAAAUCAACAACAAUAAAUGUAACUGCACUUCCUGUCCUGGAUGUUUGCUCACCUUGUCCACUCUCAGAGCAGAAACCCUGUGGUCAUUUCAUGUUAAUCAACCAUGUUUUUAUCAUCUGAAAUCAUUUUCAAUAAAUAUGUUCCUGUUGGGGGAAAAAGGGUACCUGA